AAACUGACCCCGCGUGAGCCAGCGGCAAGACCCGUAAUGACUUACGUGGCAAAGAAGUGCGGCAUCAGCUUUCAGCCUCCAUCCGUCGUCCUGAUCUACAAAGACGACGCCACGGAUAAGACUCGCCGGCGCAGCAUGCCUGUCAGAAAUUUCUCCAGGUUCUCAGACUGCAGCUUGGCAGCCGAGCAGCUGAAGAACAACCCCCGGCACAAGGCUUACCUAGAAGGAGUCUCACUGCGUCAGCUCAAGAAGCUGUACAGUUUGCUGAAGGGUCACCUGGGAGGAGAGAGCCUGGCCGAGAGCUUGGAAAAGUUCCGUCAGGAAGAGACCAUUGACCCAGAAGAGGAUAUGAACAAACUAGAUGACAAGGAACUAGCCAAAAGGAAGAGCAUCAUGGAUGAGCUCUUCGAAAAGAACAGGAAGAAGAAGGACGACCCAGAUUUCAUCUAUGACCUUGAGGUUGAGUUUCCAGAGGAUGAGCAGCUGGAGUCCUGCGGCUGGGAUGUGGAGUCAGGUGAAGAAAUCUGA